AUGAUUGGUUUUAGACCAGAACUUAACCAGUCUGGUCCGCCCCGAAGAUCUCAUACCGAUGCAGCACGUACGUACGUUGUGACAGUGAAAAAUGGUACUACGUCUAAAAGAUAUGUUUCACC